AUGCCCUCUGUCGUUAGCUUUGAUGGCUUUCGUCUGCGCUGGAGGUCAAAGUCUUUCGCCAAACCACUUCCCCCUAGCGAGAACGACAGUGAUCGUUCGUCUUCACCUCAACAAGUAGAGAAUCGUAUCAGUUUCCACAUCACCACUCCCAAGAGUACACGCCAAUCCGCAGACCGACCCCGGAAUGUUCAACACAAUGAGAAGACCCUCCCCGGAUUACCUACCGGCACCAGCAGCAAACAGUUUCAUGACGAAGUCGUGAAUGAAAAGUCCAGCACUCAUUAUCUCGAGCAACCAAUGGAAGUAACACCCGACCAAGUUGUCGGUCUCCUAACAUCAACUACAAAUAUACAUAAAUCAUUACUACCUCCACCACCUGACAGAAAAACAUCCUUGAUUCGUCGUGUAACUUCGAAGCUACACAUCAUCGUCCCUGCAACUGCUUCGCCUUCACAGCCCAAGUCAUCCGUGCGGCCAGCACAUGCCGCGGUUAAUGUGAAGCACUCCCCACGACCUCCUCGAUCACCCCGCAUUGCUCUUCCCCGUUCUCCCACCCUUCCCAACUCUUUUGUCUCUCGCGAGCACCGUGAGGCGGCGCUGCGUGAGCGUGGCUUACUUCCGCCUAGGAAAGAUCUCAGCGAACAGGAGCGUGAGGCUGAUAAGCGCCUGGGUCUAACUCCUCUCCCUGACCAACACGAGAAUGGCUCCAGUGCGGCAUCGAAAAUUAAGGAAGAAUGGUUGUCCAUAAAUCGUUCCUCUGAAUCACGUGCCUCGGAUUCUGGGUCUGCAUUUCACCCAAGACAGAUACCGAACUUCAGUGCGCUGGCAUCAGGGGUAGCGCUCAUAUCCCAUUCGGCAUCUCCAUCGCUGCCUCGGACCUCAACAUGUGAUUCAGAUUGUUCUCGCGCGGACCUUAAUGCCGAGAUACCAUUCCUGGCAAGAUCCUCAAUAUCCAGUAGCGUCCCUCCUCUAUCCCAAUCCUCACACCUAGAAGCACUGCAGGAGGAGCCUGCAGAGCAUGUGCCUCCAACGUCACCGCCACCGCAUCAUGUCCAGCCGCCGAUAAUCAUAUCUACCCCCGUUGAGGACUCUUUCCCCCCGGGCUUCGAUGUCCUUGUUGAGAGCCCAAUCUCUUGUACCUUCUCUACCCAUCUCGCGCCUCCAGGGUCAUCCUCACAGCCGCAUACACCCCUACCGGUCUCACCAGACAAGGAAAACUCAUCUUCUCCAUUCUCGGCGCACCAAUCCCGGCGGCGUACGACAGAUUCGAACGAUCGCAGACGUUCUUCAUCAGUCGGAACCUCUCUGUCCAGAUUCGGCACUAACUCGCUCACCAAUCUUCGACGCUCGGUGAUUGGGAGCAUAAGAUAUUCAGGGUCAAGUGCGAAUCUGUCCACUGCUUCCAGUCAACUUUCCUCUCCCCGUGUGGCUGUCAGUCCGACGAUGCACAACCGCGGAAGCAUACUGGUUGAGGCUAGGGGUAUCCAAGAUGCAGAGAGUCGCCGACUGAGUGAGUUGGCAUUCUUGGAUUGA